UCUCUCUCUCUGUGGAGCGUGUCUUGGUUUCUUGAAGCAGUUAUUAUGGCUGUUCAAGCGCAGUUGUACCCAGAAAGUCUCUGUUUUCCCGUGUCUGGCCAACAACAAGAUUGGGUUGUGAUGGUUCCUGCUUUUGAUUUGGGUUUCAAUCUUCCAGAGCCUCCUCAACAGAGCAAUCUAUUUUAUCUUCCACAAGAAAGAAGUCAUAAUUUGGUUACUGGGUCCUCUUCUUCUUCUUCUGGUCCUUCUACAGGUUUCAGUACCUUCCUUUCAAUGGGACAACUUUCUCGAUCAUUAGAUGCUCAGCUUGAGAUGCAAAGUCAAGAAAUUAACUGCAUUCUGCAAUUACAGAGUGAGAGAUUGAAAUCUGCUCUGCAACAGCAGAGAAGGCUAGAACUAGCAGUCCUGUUGAGGAACGUAGAAUCGAAGGCCAUAAGUUUGAUGAGGCAAAAAGAACAAGUCUUGGCACAGUCCACAAUUAAGAGGAUGGAGCUUGAAGCCCGGCUGAAAAGAGCAGAAAUGGAGAGAGAAUCAUGGCAGAGACUGGCCAGAGAAAAGGAAGCAGUAGUGACAGAUCUGAACAACACACUUGAACGAGUCAGAGAACAAGCGGCCAUGGCCAGUGACAGAGCACAAGAUGCAGAGUCUUCAUGUGGCAGUUCAUCAUGUGAUUCACAACAAAAAAAGCAACAAAGGAUGGCUUGUAAGAAUUGUUAUUCUAGGAGCUCGUGCGUUCUGUUUCUGCCUUGUAGACACCUCUGCUCGUGCAAGUCAUGUGAAGCUUUUCUUUCUUCUUGUCCUGUCUGUAAUUCAGUAAAGGAGGCUAGCUUGGAAGUCUUUUUGGUCUAAACAAGAAAGGAACAAAACAAAAGGGACACGAGAAAAGAAAAGAAAAGAAAUGAUGGGAAAUUUUGUUUAGAAAAUUUUCUCGGGAAGAACAUACGAAGUACGUAGCCGUUGUGCAUGUCAUAACUCUUAAUGAUGAUGGUUUUUUUAAGCUUUUUAUGGAAAUGAUGAUA